CUGAUUUAGACGUCAGUAAUCCAUAUGUCAACUUGGCUCCAUGCAAACUGUCAAUAUCGAGUAGGGUGUACCAAGGCAACAGCAGCAGAAGAGCUUCUUAUGAGACCGACUGUCCAUCUUUUCUCCAAAUGGGGGAAGAAACUAUGAUUUUAUAACUGGAGCCUGUUGCUGAGGAUUCUUGUGAAAGUCAGUCCAGCCCUUUGGAUCACAAUCUGCUGAGUGAAGAUGAGAAAAUAUAGAAAACUUUGUGCCCAAUAACGUACCAGCACUGCAGUUUCUCUCAUCUGCCCAGAAUAGUCCUCACCAUCUCACCACCUCAACCACCUCUGCUGUGCAGCCCAAGCAGGGGGGACUCAUCCCUCUCCACAGGCCUCGGGCCCUCCCAUCGGCGGCCCGCUCUGGCCGUUUGUUGGUGUCUAAUGGCGCGGUGGGAUGCUGAGGGCUGCUGCGGGAGACUGUGAUGUCAGAGCCCAACAGCCCGGGCGAGAGCCAGCGUGGCGCUCCCAGAUUCUUCGUGGGCUGCGAGGACGAUGAGAGCGAGGUGCUGGAGGAUAGCAUAAGGACAGACAUGGAGCUGUAUGAGGACAACGAAGACACAGACUCGGUCAAGGUAAAGGAGAAGAAAUCAGGAAAGGCAGAGAAGAUGAAGAGUGCAGCAAGCAGAUGGAUCAUCAGAAAUCUUCUGAAGAUUAAGAGAAGGCCCCCGGAGCCACAGAUCAUGGUGGGGAUCUGUUGCAUGAUGAAGAAGUCCAAAUCCAAGCCAAUGACCCAGAUUUUGGAGAGGCUGUGCAGGUUUGAGUACAUCACUGUGGUCAUCUUCCCAGAGGACGUCAUCCUCAACGAGCCUGUGGACAAAUGGCCCCUGUGUGACUGUCUCAUCUCCUUCCACUCCAAAGGGUUCCCUCUGGAUAAGGCAGUGAGCUAUGCCAGCCUGAGAAACCCUCUGCUCAUCAAUGACCUGAACAUGCAGUACUACAUACAGGACAGGAGAGAAGUGUAUCGUAUCCUGCAGGAGGAGGGGAUUGAGCUGCCGCGCUACGCUGUGCUGAACCGUGACCCGGAUAAACCAGAUGAGUGUAACCUGGUUGAAGGAGAGGACCAUGUGGAGGUAAAUGGUGAGAUCUUCCAGAAGCCCUUUGUGGAGAAGCCUGUAUGUGCUGAGGACCACAACGUCUACAUCUACUACCCAACGUCUGCAGGUGGAGGCAGCCAGAGGCUCUUCAGAAAGAUCGGCAGCCGGAGCAGCGUCUACUCUCCAGAGAGCUGCGUGAGGAAGACGGGCUCCUACAUCUAUGAAGAGUUCAUGCCAACUGAUGGCACCGAUGUUAAGGUCUACACUGUCGGGCCGGACUAUGCUCACGCUGAGGCCCGGAAGUCCCCUGCUCUGGAUGGGAAGGUGGAGAGAGACAGCGAGGGAAAGGAGGUCCGUUAUCCCGUCAUGCUCUCAGCAAUGGAGAAACUGGUGGCCCGAAAAGUCUGCUUGGCGUUUAAGCAAACAGUGUGUGGCUUUGACCUUCUCCGGGCCAACGGACAUUCCUAUGUUUGUGACGUGAACGGUUUCAGCUUCGUCAAGAAUUCUAUGAAAUACUACGACGACUGCGCCAAGAUCCUCGGAAACAUCGUGAUGCGAGAGCUGGCCCCUCAGUUCCAGAUUCCUUGGUCAGUCCCAACAGAGGCAGAGGACAUUCCUAUUGUUCCCACCACUUCAGGGACCAUGAUGGAGCUGCGCUGUGUCAUCGCGGUCAUCCGUCAUGGAGACAGAACUCCCAAACAGAAGAUGAAGAUGGAAGUUCGCAACCCCAUGUUCUUUGAUCUGUUUGAAAAAUACGAAGGUUACAAAACUGGGAAGUUGAAACUCAAAAAACCAAAACAGCUGCAGGAGGUGCUGGACAUCACCCGACAGCUGUUGAUAGAACUGGGACAGCACAAUGACUGUGAGAUUGAAGAGAAAAAGUCCAAACUGGAGCAGCUGAAGACCGUUUUAGAAAUGUACGGUCACUUCUCUGGGAUCAACAGAAAAGUGCAGCUGACUUACCUGCCCCAUGGGCAGCCUAAAACAUCCAGCGAAGAGGAAGACACACGUAAGGAAGGUCCAUCUCUGCUGCUGGUGCUGAAGUGGGGAGGAGAGCUGACUCCUGCUGGCAGAGUUCAAGCUGAGGAGCUGGGGAGAGCCUUUCGCUGCAUGUACCCAGGAGGACAAGGAGACUAUGCUGGAUUUCCAGGCUGCGGGUUACUACGGUUACACAGCACCUACCGACACGACCUGAAGAUCUACGCGUCCGAUGAAGGCAGGGUGCAGAUGACGGCCGCCGCUUUUGCAAAGGGCUUGCUGGCUCUGGAGGGGGAGCUGACCCCCAUCCUGGUGCAGAUGGUGAAAAGUGCCAACAUGAACGGGCUGCUGGACAGCGACAGCGACUCGCUGAGCAGCUGCCAGCACCGCGUCAAGGCCCGGCUCCAUGAAAUCCUGCAGAGGGACAGGGAGUUUAACGAGGAGGACUAUGAUCGGCUGGCGCCGUCUUGUGCUGAUUCACUGGUGAAUUCAAUGAAAGUAGUGAAGAAUCCGGUGGAAACAUGUGACCAGGUCUACACCCUCAUUCAGAGUCUCACUUCACAGAUCCGCACAAGAAUGGAAGACCCCAAAUCAGCUGACCUGCAGCUGUACCACAGUGAGAGUCUGGAGCUGAUGCUGCAGCGCUGGUCCAAACUAGAGAAGGAUUUCCGCAUGAAGAACGGCCGCUACGACAUCAGCAAAAUCCCCGACAUCUACGACUGUGUGAAGUACGACGUCAUCCACAACGCUUCCCUGGGCCUUCAGGACACGCAGGAGCUGUUCAGACUGUCUCGAGCUCUGGCUGACAUCGUUAUCCCACAGGAAUAUGGCAUAAAUAAAGCUGAGAAACUGGACAUAGCUUAUGCUUACUGCCUCCCGCUGAUCAGAAAGAUCCAGCUUGACCUGCAGAGGACACAUGGAGACGAGUUUGUCAACAAGCUACAUCCACUAUAUUCUCGUGGAGUGCUGUCACCCGGUCGUCACGUCAGGACUCGCUUAUAUUUCACCAGCGAGAGCCACGUCCACUCCCUGCUCAGCAUUUUCCGAUACGGAGGCCUGCUUGAUGAGGAGAAGGACCAGCAGUGGAGACGUGCCAUGGACUACCUCAGUGCGGUCUCAGAACUCAACUACAUGACCCAGAUUGUCAUCAUGCUUUAUGAGGACAACAAUAAGGACAUUUCUUCUGAGGAACGGUUCCACGUGGAGCUCCACUUUAGCCCCGGUGUAAAAGGAGUCGAAGAGGAAGAGCACGCCCCGACCGGAUUUGGUUUCAGACCCGCCUCAGCUGAGGUGUUACAACAGAACGGGCAGAAGAAACCAGACCCCGGCAGUCUGGAGGACCUAACACGAGACGAAUCGGACCGCGCCGUGCCUAGUUCUGAGCCCCUCACCAUUCAGAGGAGGUCCCCACUCAUUCGCAAUCACAAAACUGGAUCAAUGGAGGUCCUCUCAGAAACGUCCUCCUCUAAAGUUGGCAGUUAUCGUCUCUUCUCCUUCUGCCCACGCCAGUCUCCCGAGAUGAAACAAAGCGGACUAGGCUCUCAGUGUGCCGGACUCUUCAGCACCACCGUCCUAGGUGGUUCCUCUAGCGCGCCUAACCUGCAGGACUACGCACGUGCACACCGCAAAAAAUUCUCCAGCGGCAGUCUGUCCUACAAAGACGAGUUGUUGUCUAUGCCGGCAGUAAAACGAUUUUCUGUGUCGUUUGCAAAGCAUCCGACUAAUGGGACACAAGACGACUCGUCCACCAUUGCAUCGUCGUCAUCUCAUUUGUGCACUUCCACAGAGCCCUUGGAGGAACACCAUGUGGCCCAGUUGUUGAGGUUUUUAUCCGCCGACCUCAGCUCAGGCCGCCACCAGCUCUCUCUGGACCACACCCUGGCCCACCACCUCCACCAGUGCUCCUACCACCUCCGCCUCUUCCGAAACUGGCUCAUCUCCGGCCAGGACCCCCUAGAGUGCCUCCACGGCUUUGAAGGCUGCUCCAUGGUGCCCUCCAUCUAUCCUCUGGAAACGCUUCACAACUCGCUGUCACUCAAACAGGUCAACGAGUUCCUGACCAGCGUAUGCGAGAGCGCCGGGGAUCCACACACCAGUACCUCCAGAGCUCUUUCAGCCAUGUUGGGUGCACACAAUCAGCCGUCGGUGGACUCUUACAUCCCUCAGAGGGUCCUCGCUUCCUCCAUGUCGCUCAGAUCUCGUUCUGACAGACCUCCCUGGUACAGCAGUGGUCCAUCCAGCACAGUUUCCAGUGCUGGACCGUCCUCUCCCACCACAGCUGACACCUCACCAAGGUUCAGCUUCAGCGAUAAGGUCUCUCUAACCCCUCAGAGCAGCGAGGAGACCCACUCCUCUCAGAACAUUUCCAGCCAACCACCAUCUGCCGUCGACCCAACAUGUCCCACUGGUUUAAACCCCACUCAAGUCCCUCUGACUCCAAACAACUCCCCAGAGGAAGAAACUGAACCCAGUAGUGGUACUGAAAGGCAGCCUGACAAUCCUGAUCCCCCGCUGGACAGACAGGAGGUUUCCUUAGAUUCCUCCAGUGGGCUGACCUCAGAUCCAGCACAGAGACCUCCCUGCGUGGCUUUAGCAGAGCUCAGUCUGUGUCGGAUGGAGAGUUACUGCCUCCCCGGGUCGUUGCCGGUGCUACUGGAGCUCAGGGAGAGCAGCAGCGAGGCUGGAUCCAGCUCGCAAACGCCUCAGUCCCCUGAGGGGCCGGACGAGUUCUUUGACACACAGGAGUCCAUGGAGCUGUGGACAGACAGUCCAGAACACGUCCCCCAACCUGAAACGCCCCGGGACCCAGAACAUGUUCAGCCAGCAGAGCCGUAAACCAGCUCCUUCAAGUCGAAGUCAACAAAGAUUGUAGCAUCGUGUCCUUUUCUCUCCUCCAGCCGAUGACUGCAGCAAUGCUGAAACCCAGGGUUGGGUUACACCCCAGUUACACCACAGAACCUCAACUGACUGGUCCAACUGGUCUGUCUGUGACAUUCUGUUACACUCACUUAUAGGCUUUCAUGGAAACUUUGCUUUUCAGCACUUCUGAAAACCAAACCUGAGGAGAGCAGAGUCUGAAACUUCCUGGAAGAAUCUUGGGAAACUAAAACUAUGAGUUAAAGCUGCAGAGAACUGGGACAAUAUGAUAAUAUCAUACUUUAAUUAGUUUUUAUAGUGUGAUGUUUUUGUACUGUACAGAUGCAGCUUUACCUUGUAUGAGCAUAUUUCUGCUCUGUCUUUUCUUUUAGAGCCACAGUGAUGACGUUUAAGCCGUUUUAGCGCCAGCUGUUGCAUCGUCUGUCACAUUCAUGGUGAUUUUUCUGGUUUUGGAGCAGCUGUACUUGUUUCUCACUGAGAGGGCUGAAUUGUUCUGUUCUGGAUGGUGGUUCAGCAGCUGUCAGGUUCAGAGUUUCAAUAAAAUACAAGCAUCCACAUUAGGAGCUGAAUCUUCCUUGCCGUUAAUAUUCAAUCUUAAGGUCAGAGAUGUGUCCACUGUAUAUUUAAAACUUGCACAAUAGAUUUAUUUAACUGUAGUUUAUUUGUAGCUGUCUUAUGCUGUUUCCUGGAUUUGGGUGAGUAUAUUUUUUCUAAAAACACAUUCAAACCUAAUUUUAUCACUGAACAAAAAGGAGGGCAUUUUACAUUCAAUAUGCAUUUUAUUGUGGUGAGCUGCUAGGUAGCACAAGUGGACACGAGGGAGCGCGUGCUUCAGAAGCUUUUCAAGUGGAUGCAACGCUGUCUGCUGUCAUGGUAUAGUUGAUGAACUGUAGAAAAGAAAUGCAAACUGUGAGUCUGUGACCUUACCUGACUGUGUGUACAGAGAAAACAUGAAACCAAUAUGAUAGUGUGUUAACUCACUCAAAUAAACCUUUGGACUCGUCUCCAGUUGAAACCAG